AUGGAAAAUUACCAGAAGAUCGAGAAGAUCGGAGAGGGAACGUACGGUGUCGUAUACAAGGCCCGUGAGCUCACCCAUCCGAACCGUAUUGUCGCGUUGAAAAAGAUUCGACUAGAGGCGGAAGAUGAAGGGGUCCCCAGCACGGCCAUCCGUGAAAUCUCUCUGCUGAAGGAGAUGAACGAUCCGAACAUUGUACGGCUCCUCAACAUCGUCCACGCCGACGGCCACAAGCUCUAUCUCGUCUUUGAAUUCCUGGACCUCGACCUGAAGAAGUACAUGGAGGCACUUCCAGUCAGCGAGGGAGGACGUGGCAAAGCCCUUCCGGAGGGCUCCAAUCUAAGUCGAAACAUGGGAUUGGGCGACGCUAUGGUCAAGAAAUUCAUGGCCCAGCUGGUAGAGGGGAUUCGUUAUUGCCACAGCCAUCGUAUUUUGCAUCGUGACCUGAAGCCCCAGAAUCUCUUGAUUGACCGAGAUGGCAACCUAAAAUUGGCGGACUUUGGAUUGGCGAGGGCAUUUGGUGUUCCGUUGAGAACCUAUACCCAUGAGGUUGUCACAUUGUGGUACCGCUCUCCUGAGAUUCUUUUGGGUGGACGCCAAUACUCUACCGGUGUGGACAUGUGGUCUUGCGGAGCUAUUUUUGCGGAAAUGUGCACCCGCAAGCCUCUAUUCCCCGGUGAUUCCGAGAUUGAUGAGAUCUUCAAGAUCUUCCGACUCUUGGGUACUCCGGAUGAUAGCGUCUGGCCCGGCGUGACCUCGUUCCCUGAUUACAAGCCAACAUUCCCCAAAUGGAAACGCGAAGAAACCCGUGCGCUGGUACCUGGUUUGGAAGAAGACGGCCUUGAUCUGCUGGAUGCUCUACUUGAGUUUGACCCGGCACAACGGCUCUCUGCCAAACAGGCCUGCAUGCACCCGUACUUUCAGCACGGCAGUUCCUACUAUUCCGGGCGCGCCCGACGAAAUGGAUACCAUUGA